UGAAGAUGGGAUCCCACUGCCCCCACCCAGGUCCUUCCCUCCUUCCCUCCCUCCCUGGCGCCCAUUAGCUAGCCCAGGCCAUGGGGGCGGCGGCUGCUGAGUCCCCGUGCCAGGCCCAGCCCCCGGAGACGCACCUGUUCUGACCUGCUGAGCAGGUUCCCAGGUUUCUGCCGUCGUCGUUGUUGGCCACGGCGUGGGAAGCAGCUUUGGGGGAGCUCGGAGCUCCCGAUCACGGCUUCGUGCGGGUAGCUACACCUGGCGGAUAGAACAGAGCCGGGUCCCCUAGUGAAGACCUAAGGGGGUAGGCAGGUGUGUCAGUGCCUUGGGACUCCGCAAUUUCCUGCCUUCUGGUCAGUGCCUUAUCCAGCUCUAGAGCCGGCUCCCAGGGAGAACUCUGUGGAACUUCAGAAACGCUGGGCAGGUCUGCCUUUCAACCAAUGCCCCUGUCCCUGGGAGCCGAGAUGUGGGGGCCUGAGACCUGGCUGCUGCUUCUGCUCCUGGCAUCAUUUACAGGCCGGUGUCCCGCGGGUGAACUGGAGACCUCAGACUUGGUGACCGUGGUGCUGGGCCAGGAUGCAAAGCUGCCCUGCUUCUACAGAGGAGACCCUGGCGAGCAGGUGGGGCAGGUGGCAUGGGCUCGGGUGGACGCGGGCGAGGGCGUCCGAGAGCUGGCGCUACUGCACUCCAAGUACGGACUACAUGUGAGCUCUGCCUACGAGGGCCGCGUGGAACAGCCGCCGCCCCCACGGGACCCCCUUGACGGCUCCGUGCUCCUGCGCAACGCCGUGCAGGCCGACGAGGGAGAGUACGAGUGCCGCGUCAGCACCUUCCCCGCCGGCAGCUUCCAGGCACGGCUGCGGCUCCGAGUGCUGGUACCUCCUCUGCCCUCACUGAAUCCUGGUCCAGCGUUAGAAGAAGGCCAGGGUCUGACGCUGGCAGCCUCCUGCACAGCUGAGGGCAACCCGGCCCCCAGUGUAACCUGGGACACAGAGGUCAAAGGCACAACAUCCAGCCGUUCCUUCAAACACUCCCGCUCUGCUGCUGUCACUUCAGAGUUCCACCUGGUGCCUAGCCGCAGCAUGAAUGGUCAGCCACUUACUUGUGUGGUGUCCCACCCUGGCCUGCUCCAGGACCAAAGGAUCACCCACGUCCUGCAAGUGGCCUUCCUUGCUGAGGCCUCUGUGAGGGGCCUUGAAGACCAAAAGCUGUGGCACGUUGGCAGAGAAGGAGCUAUGCUCAAGUGCCUAAGUGAAGGGCAGCCUUCUCCCUCAUACAACUGGACACGGCUGGAUGGGCCAAUGCCCAGUGGGGUACGAGUAGAAGGGGACACUCUGGGCUUUCCCUCACUGACUACUGAGCACAGUGGCACCUACGUCUGCCAUGUCAGCAACGAGCUGUCCUCGAGGGAUUCUCAGGUCACGGUGGCUGUUCUUGACCCUCAGGAAGACUCAGGGAAGCAGGUGGACCUAGUGUCGGCCUCGGUGGUGGUGGUGGGUGUGAUCGCCGCACUCUUGUUCUGCCUUCUGGUGGUGGUAGUGGUGCUCAUGUCCCGAUACCAUCGGCGCAAGGCCCAGCAGAUGACCCAGAAAUAUGAGGAGGAGCUGACUCUGACCAGGGAGAACUCUAUCCGGAGGCUGCAUUCCCAUCAUACGGACCCCAGGAGCCAGCCGGAGGAGAGUGUAGGGCUGAGAGCCGAGGGCCACCCUGAUAGUCUCAAGGACAACAGUAGCUGCUCUGUGAUGAGUGAAGAGCCCGAGGGCCGCAGUUACUCCACGCUGACCACAGUGAGGGAGAUCGAAACACAGACCGAACUACUAUCUCCAGGCUCUGGGCGGGCAGAGGAAGAGGAAGAUCAGGAUGAAGGCAUCAAACAGGCCAUGAACCAUUUUGUUCAGGAGAACGGGACCCUGCGGGCCAAGCCCACGGGCAAUGGCAUCUACAUCAAUGGGCGGGGCCACCUGGUCUGACCCAGGCUUGCCUCCCUCCUCUAGGCCUGGCUCCUUCUGUUGACACUGGGGAUUUCAGCUCAUCUCAGGGGCCUCCUUAAAUGCCCCCACUUCUUGAGGAAGAUGCUCCCUACCCCACUGACUGCUUGACUUUUUCCUCCAACCCUUCUGUUUGUUGGGAGGGCUCCACUGGUUGAGUCUCUCCCAGGUCACUGUGUGCAGGUCACUGUGUGUGUGCACUUGUGCCUGUGUGAGUAUUCACUGACUGUGUGUGUGUGGAGGGGCGACUGUGCCCAUGGUCUGUGUUGUGCUGUCAUGUCAGAGUCCAAGUGAACCAUGCUGUGUGUGCCAUAGGAUUCAGGUGGCCACAUGGGGAGCGACAUCAGGGUUUGGUUUGUGUGUCACGUGGCUGUGUGACCUCUGCCUGUAAAUGCAGGUAUUUUCCUCAGACCCCAGAGCAGUAUUAGUGAUGCAGAGAUUAGAGGCAAGAGGUGGAGACUGUGGGCCAGAUCCAGGUGUGCGGGCACAGCUGGAGCUGGAAUCUGGCCUCUGGAGUGGGGGAGCUGGGCUCCCACCACCUGGGAGACGUUGGGGCAAGUGUGAAGCAGGUGGCCCUGGGGGCUGCCAGAGGCUUGAACUGUUACAGAAGAAGCCCUCUGCCCUCUGGUGGCCUCUGGGCCUGCUGCAUGUACAUAUUUUCUGUAAAUAAACCUGCACAGGAGAGCUUCUUUCAGGAAUACUGCUCCAAAUC